AUCCGGAAAAUGAUGGAGGACGCUACUAACAGUAAUCCUCAAUCUCUUGGAUUUACAGAUAAAUUAAAAUCAUGGCUUUCAUGGUCAUGGACGUACAUAUGCGGGAUUUGGUUUGUUAUGGUUUUGACCAUGAUAUAUAUUCUGAGGAGCCCUCUGAAACUGCAAGAUACGCUCACCUCAGCGUCUGUGUUCCUGAAUACCCUGACCCCUAAGUUCUAUGUGGCACUCACUGGAACAUCGUCCUUAAUUUCCGGUUUAAUUCUGAUAUUUGAGUGGUGGUACUUCCGGAAGUAUGGUACCUCCUUCAUCGAGCAGGUGUCUGUCAGCCACCUGCGCCCUCUGCUCGGGGGGGGGGAGAGCAGCUCCUCCACUGGGCUGUUCUCCUCCGUGAAUGGAGAACCAGAGCCCAGGGCCAGUGUCUCAGAGUGCAAGGUCUGGCGGAAUCCUUUAAACCUGUUCAGGGGAUCUGAAUACAGCAGGUACACCUGGGUGACAGGGAAGGAGCCUCUGACGUACUAUGAUAUGAACCUGUCGGCUCAAGACCACCAGACCUUCUUCACUGGAGACACCCAGCAGCUGAAGCCAGAGGACACAGUGAUGCAGAAGGGCUGGAGAGAGAGGAGUCCACAGGCCCGGAUCAGAGCAGCGUACCAGGCCAUCGAGCUCAACCAUGAGUGUGCUGCUGCGUAUGUUCUCCUGGCUGAGGAGGAAGCUGCUACCAUCACAGAGGCUGAGAGGCUGUUUAAACAGGCCCUGCGGAGCGCUGGUAAAGAUAUCAACUUACUAGUAUAUAUCAAACGAAGGCUGGCUAUGUGUGCUCGCAAGCUGGGCCGGAUAAAGGAAGCGGUGAAGAUGAUGAGAGAUUUAAUGAAAGAGUUCCCUCUGUUGGGGAUGUUAAAUAUACACGAAAACCUCCUGGAGGCGCUGUUAGAGCUUCAGGCGUACGCGGACGUGCAAGCAGUCCUCGCCAAAUACGACGAUAUCAGCUUGCCAAAGUCCGCUACGAUAUGCUACACAUCCGCUCUGCUGAAAGCCCGGGCUGUCUCAGAUAAGUUUUCACCAGAGGCAGCCUCCAGGAGGGGUCUGAGCACAGCAGAGAUGAACGCUGUGGAAGCCAUACACAGAGCUGUGGAGUUCAACCCACACGUGCCAAAGUACCUGCUAGAGAUGAAGAGCCUGAUCUUGCCUCCAGAGCACAUCCUGAAGCGAGGGGACAGCGAGGCCGUGGCCUACGCCUUCUUCCACCUGCAGCACUGGAAGAGAGCGGAGGGAGCCCUCAACCUGCUGCACUGCACCUGGGAGGGCACUGCUCCAGCUUUCCGGAUCAUUCCCUACCCCCUGGAGAAGGGGCACCUGUUCUACCCCUACCCUGGCUGCACAGAGUCAGCCGACAGAGAGCUGCUUCCCUCCUUCCACGAGGUGUCGGUGUACCCUAAGAAGGAGCUCCCCUUCUUCAUCCUGUUCACGGCCGGCCUCUGCUCCUUCACCGCCAUGCUGGCCAUGCUCACACACCAGUUCCCAGAGCUCAUGGGGGUCUUUGCCAAAGCAUUCUUCAGCACUCUCUUCGCACCGUUGGGCUUCUUUGCUGACAAGAUGGAGAGCCUCAUGCCGUCCGGCUUCUGGCACCAGCUGACUCUAGUCUGACCCCAUCGCACACACACACACACACACACACACUCCAGCUCCACAGAGGAAAAGAGGGUUGGUUCUCCUGUCUUUAGCAUGAACGUUCGUGUUACUGUGUUACUGAUGAUGUUGGCUUGCGUCAUAUCAACACUGCGACGCACCCAUGAGACCCUCCCCACUGUUAAAGCAGACUCAGUAAACAUCUACCACAUACAACUCAGAAGGACUGCGAGGACUCGUUCAUUUCUUUUAACUUAAGGAAACUCUGAAUGGGAUGCUGACCCUGUUUAAACCAUCUGGAGGUCUCCAAAGCCAGCCAACAUCUGGAGGCGGGAUUUAUUGAUUGGUUAGAUGCUGAGCCAGUACUGGUCAGAACAUCAGUGUGGUUGAUAAAGCUGGCGGCCACCUUGGACUCAUGUCCUUCUAAGCCCUGCUACCUCUGCUGUGAUGUCCCACAGCUACAGCCUGAGUCACUGGAGUGACUGACUGGACAGACAAGGACACAGAGGUGAUGGCAGAGAAAGACAGGAAGAAAGGGUGAGACGGAGAGAGAGAGAUGGAGAGAGACAG